AUGUUACACAACACCGAGCCUCUUAACGCCGUUUAUCAACGCGGUCAAAAACGUUUGUUUGAAGUGGAUAGCCAUGCAGGACAGGCCGUGAUUGACAGCCUGCAAGACAUCAGUCCUGAUUUUGCUGAUUAUGUGAUUCAGUUUGGUUUUGGGCAGGUCUAUAGCCGAGCAGGCCUCACGCUACAGCAGCGUGAGCUUGCGACCAUUGCCGCACUCACGGCGAUGGGCAAUGCGCAACCGCAACUUAAAGUGCAUAUCGGUGCGGCACUUAAUGUGGGUUUAAGUCAGACCGAAAUCGUUGAGACGAUGAUUCAGAUGAGUGUUUACGCGGGUUUUCCUGCAGCGUUAAAUGGGUUGUUUGCGGCAAAAGAGGUUUUUGCUGGUCACAACUGCGAAUAA